UAGAAUAUAACGGUACCAUCACACUAUGACAUAUUCUCAAUGUGCCCACUCAACUGAAAUACUUCCUCCUCAUCUUUUGUCACAGGCUCUGAUUUAUUUGCUUUUACAAACAAGCUUGGGUUACAAGGGGCAGUUUAUAUAAUGAUUGAAAUAGUGAAAGGAAUGCCCUGAACAAUCGUUGUGUUUCUUUGGACCUGGUGUUUAUCUCCCCACUGGCUAGCACCCUAGUGACAAUUGACGAACUGGAGGAGGGGAUUAAACACAAAGCCCCGAGUGGGAUUUGAAAGCUCAACAAUUCGGCAAGAUACUUUCGGCUCUAGAAAUUUGCAGAGAUGGUCAGUUGCGAAACAGGAGAUAUUGCUGAGUCAGACGUACCAAUUAAUGGUACUGUUGUCUGGUGAACUCAUCAACUACCUUUCUGCAAUUAUUUUUUGAAGGCUAAGAACAUGAUUCAUGAUGCCGGCCGGCACCUCUAUAAAUCACAACUGGCUAUAAAUGUGGAACAUUCAUGUAAACAGACAGAGAGCUAUGAAACAUUCAGACCACUCAGAAAGUCAUAAAUUCUGUAUGUUUGAUGCAAUUUUCUUGCACAUAGUGGAAUGUUCUUGGAACAAUAAACACAUGAGAUGCUCAUUUCAUCGAGGAAGCAACCUACUGGGAGUGGAACCCUUACAUCAAUUUUCUUUCGCCUUCAAUCCACAGCCGAUAAAAGACUGAUGACGGAGGGAAGAGCACUAAACUGCUUAAUAAGUCAAGCCAUUUGAAAAUCAUCUAUCUAGAGCACUGGGAAAUCAUUGGAGUUAUUUUGGAUGCAUUUGUUACAUACCUGUAUUAAAUGCAAGGACAUUGAAAACAGUGAUUGGAUUCUUAACAGAUUAUCAAUCUAAAACUCUUCAGUUUACUGCAAAAACAUCUGAAGAAACCCUCCUGCAUGUACGGGUCUGGACUUUGGAGCCUUUAGGAAAACCAAAAGAACUGGAAAUUUAACAAUGCGUGCCACUAUCUCUGUAAUGUUUGUAUUGUGCUGUGAUUACUCCCAAUUGCUACCCUUGAAUUAAUCUUGUAAACCUUUUACAGACAACAAACACUGAUAAGGAACCGAAAUGGCUGCUAUAAAAGAGGAGAGCGAUGAAGAUGUAGAAUCAUUAUCAGAGUCAGAGUUUUACUCUGUCGUCAGUGGUUCUGACACGUCCAUCGAGUUUGCGUUACCUCCGAUCGGGAAUAAGCAAAGUAGGGACCAUCAGAAUGAAAGGAAAAGAGAUGAUUGCAGUACCGUGACUUCACAGAGUAUUGGUCGUUUUCCGCGGGGACGAAGAGCUAGCUGUCCAGCUAUCAUGGGUUGGGACAAGGAUCAUCUGAAGUACUUGGUGGCAGGCUCCAACACCUUGCCAGAGCCUGUGGUCGCACGAGCCUACCAGUCGCUCCUCAGCCAUACAGAGCCUAUUCUCAAGCAGAACAAGCCAAAGGAGAAGCGGGUUCUCUCCUACUACGACUAUGUGCCUAGUCGGAAAGUGUACAAUGAACAGGAUCAGUUCGCGAGGGAUCAGGAUCGUCAUAUGCUCAAGUGGGAGCUGAUGAUCGAGGAACGCAGGAGGCACCAAGAGGCUAUAGCCAUGGAGAAAGAACUGCUGGGUGACGACUAUGACGAUCAUGAGGAUGGUGAGAAGGAGGAGGAAGAGCUUGAAGACAUCAUGCUGAAGCGGAGACUGCGGAGGCUUCACGUCACGGACAGUGCCUACCAGGGUUUCUUCCCUCAGAUGGACCUCUACGACUUCGGUCAGCGGGAGAAGGAGCGUCAGAAGCAGGCUCAAGCCAACAGUGUCCAGGGAAAAGGGAGGGUACAGAGGAGAGGGAGUGAGAGCCAUCUGAAGCGCAGAGACAGCAAACCCGGACCCAAUGGACAACGGCAGUUGAUCAGAAGAGAGUCCUUCAGUAAUGAACUCAAUCAGACUAAGAAACUUGAGAGGACGAACACGCAAACUAAAAUCAAUCCACUGACACCGAGCCAGUCCUCUCAUCAACACCGCUUCAUCAGCACUGCACAGCCUCAAACAACGCAGAACAAAUCAGGAACGCAAGAAAUGCAAUUUAACGUCUUGAGUGCCAUGAGGUCGCGUUUCCCUGAAGUGCGUAGGACCACCAGUGGAAUGACGGACGCACCUAUGGCACAAGGAAAACUUAGACAGGAGCCAUUGACAGCUCCGGCAUCGACAAAGUUUAGAAGGAAACGUACAAUGUCACUUGGGAAUACAUCUGUACUCAUGCCUUUGAGAUUGGCUGAGUCUCUUCAACAAGCUCAAGAGCAAAAGUAGCUGUCACAGCUGGGGUGUUUCACAAAGAUCCUAAGUUGGGCUUAGAAAUUAUGGAAAG